AUGAAAAUCAAGGAAUCAAUUGCGCUUGUCCAAGAGAAACGUUCUCGCGAUGGCCCACUUCCUAUUGAGGUCGCUCCCUACACUUGCUCGGAUUUCUUCAAAGUUCAGAAGCGUGGAACCAAGCCGAAAGCAGUCAGAUGGGACCACCGCCUCAGUCUAGAAAGCCGCAACCUACGAACUUCACCAUUGAAGGCUGCAUCUCGUGCAAAUCAGGGUGAUAUUAUCAGCCUAGGAACCGCUCGGCCAACUCCUGAAUAUUAUCCUUGGGAUGUCUUGACGAUGCAAUGUCGGAGCACCGCCGCAAGCUCAGGGAACGAACAGCAACAAUCAUCAUCCAUGUCUUGCUUGGAUGGAGAAAGUGGCUAUGACCUCGGUAUCGCUAUGAACUACGGCUAUUCCACGGGAUCACCACAGGUACUGCGUUACGUCACUGAGCAUAUCGAAAUGGUCCACGAUCCCCCGUACGACGACUGGGAGAGUUGUCUAACAUGUGGGUCGACUUCGGCCCUAGAUAUUACUCUGCGGAUACUCUGCAAUAGAGGCGACGCCGUCCUUGUUGAGAAGUAUACUUAUUCAGGCACUCUGGGAACUAUCCACGCUCAGGGCCUCCACACCGUGGGCAUCGAAAUGGAUCAAUUUGGGUUGGUGCCCGAGGAUUUGGACCAGCAACUGGACACUUGGGAUUCUGACAAAGGGCCCAAACCUUUUGUUCUCUACAUGAUCCCAACCGGGCAAAACCCAACGGGAGCAACCCAGAACCUGACCCGACGCAAAGAAAUCUACAGGAUUGCAGUUAAGCAUGACCUCUACAUUCUUGAGGACGACCCUUAUUAUUUUUUGAACAUGGAACGAGCCGGAUAUAAUGGCACAACUCCGCAGUCAUUGACUUUAGACCCGGACGAUUACCUUCAGCAUCUGCCUACAUCAUAUCUGUCGCUUGACACCUCUGGCCGUGUGCUUCGAAUAGACACGACGUCUAAGAUUUUGGCUCCCGGCCUCAGAUGCGGCUGGAUUACCGGCUGUUCGCAGAUCGUGAACAAAUUUGUGUCUUAUUCCGAGGUUGGGAUUGCAGCACCGGCAGGGCCAUCGCAAGUCAUGCUGUACAAACUGUUAGACGAAACAUGGGGGCACGAGGGAUUUAUCAAGUGGCUAAACUCGCUAUCUGAAGAGUAUCGUCAGCGGCGCGAUAUGAUGAUUGAGGCCUGCAUGAAUUCCCUCCCUCUGGAAGUCUGUCAUUGGGAAACUCCAGCCGCAGGUAUGUUCAUCUGGGUGGUGGUUAAGGCCACCAAGCAUCCAGAGUUUGGACAACACAUCAACGGGGAAUUGUCUCAGAAAACACUUCUCCAUAUCGAAGGCGAAAUAUUUAAGAAAUGCCAAGAGAACGGGGUUCUAGUCAGUAAGGGCAGUUGGUUCAGACCGGAGGGUCAGGAGCUACAAGAUCUGUGUUUCCGCUUGACGUUUGCUGCUUCAUCAAAAGACGUGCUUUCUCAAGGCAUCACACGUUUUGGUAAAGCGCUGCGCUCCGAGUUUGCUAUGUAG